UAAAAUUCUUCUCUUUACAUCAACCUCCUUCAUUCAUUCAUACAUACAUACGUUCCCCUCUCUGAAUUCAAUAUUUUUCCAUGCAAAAAGCAAUCCCCUACAGAUCAUAUCUCCACGCCGCCGCGCCUGGCAGCAGCACCUCGAUGCCACUCAGCGGCGGCGGUAUAACUACCGGCAAGGCACAAAACAACAGUGUAGAGAAAAUGGUACUGGAGAAUGCCGUGGUGGUGCUUGGGAGACGUGGCUGCUGUAUGAGCCAUGUGGUGAGGACGUUGUUACUAGGGCACGGCGUAAACCCCGCGGUGUUUGAGGUUGAGGAGGCCGAUGAAGCUAACGUUGUUGGCGAGUUAUCAAGAAUUAAGGGUCUGAAAAGUGAGACUGACGGCGGGUCAAUACAGUUUCCGGCUGUUUUUGUGGGGGGGAAGUUGUUUGGCGGCUUGGAUCAGUUAAUAGCCACUCAUAUUUCAGGCGAAUUGGUACCUAUUUUAAAAGACGCCGGUGCUUUAUGGCUGUGAAUUGAUCUUUAAACAUACUGCAAGACGAAGAUGACAUUUUAACUUUGUUUUCAAUCUGUCUUUGUAAUCAAAUAUGAUCUUGUAAUUCUUCCUCUGAAACAAUCAAAGUUUUUAGAAUCAGAGAACUUCCUUAACCAAAUAUAUAUAUAUAUUCACCUGCUUCUUGUCUCA